GGGCGGGAUGUAGCGCAUAACAGGAUAGUCUGCGUUGUAGCUAUAUAUCUCGACGUCGGCGACUAGGAAAACUAGUUAGCUAAAGCUUAUGUUCACAGAUGGAAGUGAGGAGAGGAAACAACGCUAUAUUGUAGUGCGAAAUAUAUAUAUAUAUAAAAAAAAGCUAACAGUAUUCAUGGAUUUACUCCCAUAAUUCGUUAUACAGUGCCCACAUUUUCAUAUUUUAACACAUUAAAGGUGCAUUUUACGCGAGUUUUGGUGCAUUAAAUGGAGGAAAAGAAAGAAGACGGAGAUUCGGAGAUACAGGAACACGGACCCGAACACUGGUUCUCAAAAUGGGAGCGGCAGUGUUUGGCCGAAGCGGAGCAAAGGGAGCCCUGCGAGGAGGAGGCCGACAACGACCAGGAUAAACUGUGGCAUCUCUUCCAGAACUCAGCCACUGCUGUGGCACAGUUAUACAAAGACAGAGUAUGCCAUCAGCAGGGCCUGUCAUUGUGGGUGCCAUUUCAGAACUCUGCAACAGCAGUUACCAACCUCUACAAAGAGAGUGUGGAGGCACAUCAGAGAAGUUUUGAUCGGGGCAUCCAGAUAGGACAUCAACGCCGUAAUAAGGACAUGUUGGCCUGGGUGAAAAAGCGCCGGAGAAACAUCCGUAGGGAAGAUCUUAUCAGCUUUCUGUGCGGAAAAGCACCACCACACAGGAGUAGCAGGGCCAAUCCCCGGCUGGCCAUGUUGGCCCCCAGCCGGGCUAAUUCACCAGCCGAGACUGGCUCAUCUGUAGAAGCAGACCUCCAGCCCUUCAGGGAGGCCAUAGCACUGCAUGGUCUGAGUGGAGCCAUGGCGAGCAUCAGUGUGCGCUCUGGUGCUCCAGGGUCUCCCACGCAUGUGAGUGGGAGCAGCAGUAACGGAGGUGGCGCUGGUGUAGGUGGUUCUUCCGGCUCUGCGCUGGUGUGCCGCAGCAGGCGUAAUGGGCUCCAAGACGUCGACCUGAACACUUUCAUCGCGGAAGAGAUGGCACUGCAUCUGGACUCUACAGGCUCCGCCUCUGCUGGAGGGGGAGGAACCAGGAAACGAAACUCCACCCAGUGUAGUGAUGUCAUCACAGACUCCCCUACACACAAACGCAACAGGAUGAUCUGAUCUGCUGCCUGCCUGCCUAUAUGUGUAUGUGAGGGGGUAGGGGAAAAGCCUUCAAAAGCCAAGGCUAUGAGAGGGGGUGGGGGGGUGGAUGGAUGGCUUAUGUGGGACAGAUGGACAGACACUUGAAUGCCUGGCUGUGCAAAAGAAACCCGGGCUGAAAAUGGGGACUUACGGUCUCAGUGCGGUCUAUUCAGAUGUUGACUGAAUUCUAUUCCUUGUCUCCUUUCCCCACACUAUUACUACAAAUCACUGAUCUGCAAUCGGAACACUUAAUGGGUGUAUGUGGGUUACUGGGAGAUCUGGACGACAUCACCCGCUACUGAGACAUCGCUACCGAGGAAAGGAGACAACGAAAGGAAAUCCCCAAGUCAUCCUGGGAUGCGGACCGAUCUCAAAGGGGUGAAAUGCACCGUGCUGCUUGACAAGCAGAAGCCACUCAAUCCUUGACACAUUUGUGCCCUUCCCUCCCCUUAACCUCACUCAUCCUCACCCACCACCUUAAUAAGGAAGUGAGGGCCAUGAUCAAAUCGUCUCACUCAGUGAACCAAGUUGCUCGCCAAAUGUUGGACCCAGCUCGGUCAGAGAUUCUCUUCUUCGUCAAACAACCCACCGGUUUGUUACUUUUGUCAUUGCAGCUCUGUUGACGUUGCCGGUCAGUGGUGGAGCUAAAUCGCCCAGUAGGCGUACAUCUGUGACAUCAUCCUGCUUUAUCUCCCGCUUGCAACCAGUUAUAUUUCUCUGGCUACUAGAUGAUGGCAUGUAACUUCAUUCUCUAAUUACUCUGCUUUGAUUUAGUUCAGCCAGUCGCCCUUUCUUGUUUAUAAGUUCUUCAACCACCAGUGUUAACUAUCUAGGUUUGUUGCCACUGUUUGCAGCAGUGAUAGCCAAGUUAAUUUUGCAUUCUUUCUCCACCAUGUUUUUUGUUGUUGUUGAGGAUAAUGGAAAGCAAUUUUUUUUUUCUUUGUGUAUACAGCUUUUCAGACAGCCUGUCUACUGACUGCAACCCC